CCGCGCUCGCCUGCCCGUCCGCCCGCCGGCCCCUUGCGCCCUCGCCGCUGCGGGUCUGCGCCGCUCCACCCUGACGGCACCAUGCACCUCUCCCAGCUGCUGGCCUGCGCCCUGCUGCUCAUGCUGCUCUCGCUCCGGCCCUCUGAAGCCAAGCCCGGGGCUCCGCCGAAGGUCCCGCGAACUCCGCCAGGGGAGGAGCUGGCCGAGCCCCAGGCUGCGGGCGGCGGUCAGAAGAAGGGCGACAAAACUCCCGGGGGCGGCGGCGCCAACCUCAAGGGCGACCGGUCGCGACUGCUCCGGGACCUGCGCGUGGACACCAAGUCGCGGGCGGCGUGGGCCCGCCUUCUGCACGAGCACCCCAACGCGCGCAAACACAAGGGAGGCAACAAGAAGGGCUUGUCCAAGGGCUGCUUCGGCCUCAAGCUGGACCGGAUCGGCUCCAUGAGCGGCUUGGGAUGUUAGUGUGGCGACCCCUGGCGGCGGAUCGGGAACUUGCUCCGUUUUGCUGAGGUCAUUCUUGGUCAUCAGCCUCACAGCAUCUGGAAGCAUCCAACGCAAUGUGGCUUUUACAUUUCUUUUUUUUUUUCCUGGUACUGGGAAUACACAACACCAGCUGUUUUAUUAUUAUUUGGGAAGGGGGUAUGAUUUUAUUGUUUGAUUUUUUUUGAAAAUGAAAAAUAAAAAGUUAUAUAUUAUAUAUAUAUUAUAUACAUGAAACACACACACCUACACCCACGUGAUGACAAGGGACAGUUUUUAAGAGACUGACAAAAUCAGCUGUAAAACAUUGCUGUUUGUAAAUUCAUGUCAUGCAUAAAUGUAUUUAUGUUGUAAAGCUAUUUAAAUUGUUUAUAAAGAGAUAUUUAUAAAAAUUUUAUUUAUGUAACUAAAUGAAAGAAGUCAAUCAUUGUAAUGUUUUUGUCUUAACUAGUUGAAAAAUGUAAAAAAAAAGCCAUUCCAUGAA